UCCUCCUCCUUCUUCUUCUUCUUCUCCUCCUCCUCCUCCUAAAGGGCCGCUGCCACCGCCGCUCCGGCUUUCCGCGUCUUCGAAACCGCCGCCACCUGUCGGGACCUGCCCGCCCCCCGGUAUAAAGUCCCGGGGACGAGCCCUGCCCCCCGGAGUCGGACCCCCAUGGAGACACGGCUUGAGACAGCGCACGGCCGGAAGCUGGAAGGAAGUGGGAGUUUGAACCUUCAGGAAGAGAAGGAUGAGCAUGGACCAGAGGUCCCCCGAGGUCCUGACUCCUGGAAGUGAGGGCCCUCCUCAUCAAGCCAGUCCUGCCAUGAGUCUUUCAGCUGUCCAGGAGAAUGCAUCUUUGGGGUCCAACAGCCUGGGCUCCCUUUCCAGGCAGCGGGGGAGCCCCCAAACCAGCCGGUCUGGCUCUCCACACAACAGAACAGUGAUGGCGGCCCCCGAGCCAGGCCAACCAGGAGGCUUGGAUGACACAGAGCUACAGAUGAAAGUGGACUUUUUCCGGAAACUAGGUUACUCGUCCAUUGAGAUCCAUGGGGUCCUACACAAGCUGGGACUUCAGGCUGACACCAACACUGUUCUGGGUGAGCUGGUGAAACACGGGCCAGCCACAGAGCGAGAAGCCCCCCUGGAUGGGCCCACAGAGCCCCCGCUGGUGCCCCGAGGUGGAGGGACCCCAAAGGCACCCUCCCCUUGCUCUCUACCCCCUGAGGACAAGGAAGCCAGUAACCUGAGGCCAGUGGUCAUCGAUGGGAGCAAUGUAGCCAUGAGCCAUGGAAAUAAGGAGGUUUUCUCCUGCCGAGGCAUCUUGCUAGCUGUGAACUGGUUCCUGGAGCGCGGCCACUCGGAUAUCACAGUGUUUGUGCCACUGUGGAGGAAGGAGCAGCCACGUCCCGAUGUGCCCAUCACAGAUCAGCACAUUCUGCGCGAGCUGGAGAAGAAGAAGAUCUUGGUAUUUACGCCAUCCCGGCGAGUGGGGGGUAAGCGGGUCGUGUGCUAUGAUGACCGAUUCAUCGUGAAGUUGGCGUUCGAUUCUGAUGGCAUCAUAGUCUCCAAUGAUACCUACAGGGACCUGCAGUGUGAGCGGCUGGAGUGGAAGAGGUUCAUCGAGGAGCGACUGCUCAUGUACUCUUUCGUCAAUGAUAAGUUCAUGCCACCUGAUGACCCCCUUGGUCGCCAUGGGCCCAGCCUGGAUAACUUCCUCCGGAAGAAACCUCUCAUGCUUGAGCACAAGAAACAGCCUUGCCCCUAUGGGAAGAAGUGUACGUAUGGGAUUAAGUGUCGAUUCUACCACCCGGAGAGGCCGAGCCGGCCCCAGCGUUCAGUGGCAGAUGAACUUCGAGCCAAUGCCCGACUCUCUCCACCCCGGGUACCUGCCAAAGACAAGAAAUGCCUCCAGCCCUCGCCCACAUCCACUCCAGCCCCUGGGUCCCUGCCUGUUAAAGAUGAUCGAGAUCAUUGGCUGCCAGAGAAGAAGUUCCCAGGGGCCCAGCUGAAUUCCGGAGGCAGUGGGGAUAGUCAGACUAAGGCUUAUGCCCAAGGCAGGAGCCUGCCAAGCAUGAGUAGUGGCUUCAGCCCAGCAGACUGGGCCCCCCCUCCCCUAGACUCCCUCCCUUAUACCUCCCAAGACUGCCUGGACUCAGGCAUUGGCUCCCUGGAAAGUCAAAUGUCAGACCUCUGGGGUGGCCGGGGGAACAGCAGCAGUCACAUGGAGUCUGGAGAGCCUCCUAGGACUGGGGGGAGUGGCAGCAACCAACAGAGGUGUAGCUUCCUAGGCCGGGGCCAUCUCAUGACCUAUGGCCCCGAGCACCCCCCUGGCCCUCCAUCCCUCUCCUUCCCAGGCUACGGGCGGCCUGUGGGCACUGGCCAGUUCAGCAUCCCAGCGGAGUACCCUCCACCUCUGGGGUAUGCCCCACGAGAGUACUGGUCAGAACCAUACCCAAUGCCCCCUCCCACAGCAGCUAGGGCUUCCCCAGCCCUACACGAUCCCCACCUACUUAGUGCCCCAGCAGGCUAUGGUACUGAAGCAUCAGCAUGGGGAGCUGGGACAGACAGCUUCGCCAAGGAGCGGGCCAGCCUCCGUGUAAAGCUCUGCGGCAUCUUCCCCCCACAUCUGGUGGAGACCGUGAUGAGACGCUUCCCCCAGCUCCUGGAUCCCCAGCAGCUGGCAGCUGAGAUCCUCAGCUACAAAUCUCAGAACCCAAGUGGGUGACCCUUGGAGAGUUCCCAGUGUCACUCAGCCCCUCAGGGCAUGGGUGUGGGCAUGCGUUAGGGGCUGCCUCGGUCUCCCACUGAACCCAGCCUAACUAUGACAGUGCCCCCAGUCUGUCCCUGGAGUUACCGGGACACUACACGGGCCAAGCUAAUUUUUAACAACUCCCCUUGUGUUGGCACAGGAACCCUGUGGGUUCCUGAGCAUCUGCCUGAGGGAGAAUCUUACAGUAGGAAAGGGAUCCCAGAAACCAAAGAAAUACUGUAACAAUUGAUUCUGGUCUUGGACUAAUGAAGACUCUCUCUAUCUUUCUCGUGUCCCCGUCUGCCCUGUAGGUCUCUUUCUCCCCUCUGACUCUUUGUUCUGAAAUUCUUUCCUCUAACUUUCGGCUCUGUCCUGUUUCUGUCUCUCGUGUCUAUUUGCUCUGGGUCUCCGUCUCUCUCAUCUGACUCUCUGCUCUGGGUCUCAGUCUCUGUUCAGGACCAGAAGCGAUUGCCCUGUUGGUACACAUUGUAUCAGAGUUUAAUGAUGAGACAAUAAUGUCUUUCCUGUGGCUGAUGCCCCAACCCUCUUUCUUCUUGAGGACAGGAAGGAGGGAAGGAGAAGCCAGGGAGGGGAGGAGUCUGUUCCCCUCCUCAGCAUCUCCAGCUCCCUCCCUCCAGGCUUUGUCCUUAGGAUAACAGCCUCUCACUGGCUGGUUCGGCACUGUGUGCCCUCCGAGGCCCCGGCCAGGGCCCCCCAACCACGUACGCCAAUGAUGCCCCAGGGCCGGCGAGGUUUCAUGUUAGUAGUUAAGAUGGUUUUUAAGAAUCUCUCUCUCCUUGUACCUGCUGUUGCCACCAUGUCUGCUUUAUAGUUUCUCUCUCUUAGGCGUAUUUUUUUCUCCCAGACCCCCGAGAAGCUGGGGCAGGGACAGCAGAGACUGUUCCCAGAGGGUGUCUGGGUGAUGGUCUCAGACAGGUAUCUCUAACCUUGGUUGAGGGGUAGCCCUGCCUGCCCAAGGGAUAUAGGGGAGAUUCAGGUUUAUGGAAAGGUAUAUUUUAGAUUGGA